AUGAUCGGCAACUGGCGGCACCCUCCCAACCUGGACUCUGCUCGCUGGGCAUGCUCUGAAAUCUGGCCGGCGCUGCGGGCAGCACUGCCAUCGGAGCACCGCGAUGCGCAGCUGCACAUGUAUGGAUCCUAUGCAGCAGGGGCCGCACAGCAGCUGCACCGUCCGAAGGAGGGCGUCCACAUGAAGGGGUUUGCCCCCAGCCUGGACAUCAUGCUCAGGUACCGUGUACUGCUGGCGCCACUACGGUACGGAGCAGGGCUCAAGGGCAAGGUGGUGGACAGCUGGUGGCAUGGCCUGCCCGUCGCCACAACCCCCAUUGGCGCCGAAGGCAUGACAGGCGCAGCUGCAGCACCGGCUGUCGCAGCAGCUGAAGAAGUAGUAGUGCCUGAUGAAGCAGCCGAGGGCUAUGUCUGGCAGCUGGGAGGCGACGGCUGCGGAGAGGCGGCAGCAGCGGCCGGCCGGGAGGGGGAGUGGGGUGGCCUGUGCGGCGCCACCUCAGCCCACCCCCCAGGCGCAGCCACCCCCACACCUGGCACGUCAGCGCCCCACUGA